AUGGUAUUGCCUGAUCAAAAGCCGUUAAGAGCAUUCCCAAAGGAUACAGUCUUUACUUCACCUGUAAAAAGGAUAUUUGAUUCGCAGACAACUGUUUAUUUUCAACAUUCUGAAGCAUUAGCACGACUGAAAUAUUUUGUUUCAAAAUAUACAAUAUUGGUCCAAUCUAAAUCAUAUAAUUCUGAUUAUGCGGCUACGUCAUUUGAUAAAGAGUCAUCGGGCGCAUUAACUGAUGUAAUAGAUAUAUUGAAUCGACUUUCAGGUUAUAUAGAUGACAUACCACCGUUUGACGGACCAAGAAGAUAUGGGAACCUUGCAUGUCGAAUCUGGCAUGACAAGUUAAAUAGCGUCAUCACCGAGGAAAUAAGAAAUUUACUUAAGAAUAAUGGUAUUCAGAAUGUUAAUCAAGAUUUUGUAUUAGAAAUGACCUAUUAUAUUCAAAACUGUUUUGGAUCCAAGACAAGAUUAGAUUUUGGAACAGGGCAUGAACUCUCAUUUGUUGCAUUCAUUGGGGCGUUAGAUAUGUCUGAUCUAUUACCAAAUUUGACUGGUUACAGCAUAAUGGAAAUAUUUAACCAUUAUUAUAAAUUAGUGAAAAAACUUAUUCUUACAUAUACAUUAGAACCUGCUGGAUCUCAUGGUGUAUGGGGUUUAGAUGACCAUUUCCAUUUCAUAUAUUUACUUGGUGCAUCUCAAUGGAUAAAUAAUGAAGAAGUAUCUCCAAAGGAUAUGUUAGAAAAAUCUGUGCUAGAUCGAUAUAAGGAUCAAAAUUUCUAUUGUAUGGCUCUGUCAUUUAUUUUCCAAGUUAAAUCUGGCCCCUUCAGUGAACAUUCACCCAUCCUUUAUGACAUAUCUCAUAAUGUAAAGCAAUGGUCCAAGGUGUACAAGGGUCUACUGAAAAUGUACGAUGAAGAGGUGUUGAAUAAAUACCCAGUGGUUCAACAUUUUUGGUUUGGUACAGGAUUCUUUCCGUGGGUUGAUUCAAAGACAAAGAAACCUUUACCGGUAUAUGAAAUAGUAGAGGAGUCACAAGAGGAGUCAAGUACAUCAGAACGCAUUAAUAUAGAUAACGAUGUAUCCACCGGGAUGCCCAAUGGGACGACGUUCUCAAAGCAGCCAGUCACGUAUAAUACAAAUUUACACACUCCUACAUUAAUGAUGAGAAACGAAACAACACCUAGCGUAAUUAGCAACGUAUUCACUAGAAAUCCACAUCCUUUAUCUUCUCGGACUGUAACAUCGAUGGCCCCUCCUUCUUCAAGAAUAUUCAAUAAUUAUACAACCUCAACUCGGAACUCUAACAUGACUCCCAGCUUGCCCUCAUCACGUCGAAAUCAGGAAGAUAAACUCAGGAACUCACUUCCAAAGAGAUAG